UCUACCCGCAGGUGCAUGGACCGGGCGCAGGCCAGCAUCCGGGCCGGUCACGCCGUCCGCGUGGCGCAGCGCGCAGGAGGCCACGGGCGCGACGGGCACGCGGCCACCAGAGGAGAACCGUUAUCUUUACCGUGCCCCCCGCUCCCCAUAAUCCCAAAUCGCGCAAGGAGGAACUCAAAUCCAGAGCCCUCUCCUCCCCCUCCCCUCCCCCUCCCCUCGCGGAUCCACACUUGCGGCGGCGGCGAGAGCGGGAAGCGAAAACUCGAAACAGCUCCGAGCAUGGCCAGCGAAGGCGAGCACGCGGCGGCGGCGGCGGGCGCGCAGAAGGGCGAGGAGCUCCAGGCCCCCUCCGGCUGGACCAAGAAGCUUAAUCCCACUCGGGGUGGGAAGUUUGAGGUUGUUUUUGUUGCACCAACUGGCGAGGAGGUCAAGACCAAGAGAGCUUUAACCACAUACCUAAAAGCACACCCUGGAGGCCCUGCUCUUUCAGAGUUCGUCUGGGCAACUGGCAAUACUCCCAGACGAUCCUCACGUCUAAGUGCAAAGCCUAAGGCUGCUGAGAGCCCAGAAGAUGAGAAACCCUCACGCCGAAGUGGAAAGUCUAAGGCUACCGAGAGCCCGGAAGAUGAGAAACCUGCCAAACGGGGAAGGCCCUCAAGCUCUAAGAAAGGCAAAAAGGGGAAACAGGAGGAUGCAGAGGACGCAGAAGCUGAAAGUGGAGAUCAUGCUGAUGCUGAAGAAGCCAAAGGCACUGAAGUGGAGAUGAAAGAUGCUGAAGAAGCCAAAGUCACUGACCUGGACCUGGAGAUGAAAGAAGCUGACAAUGCUCAGGAAGAGAAGAAAGAGGAAGAGGCUGGCAGUUUGGUUGGAGAGAAGAAAGAAGCUGACACUGUUGCUCCGGAAGAGAAGAAAGAGGCUGACACUGUUGCUCCGGAGGAGAAGAAAGAGGCCGACACUGUUGCUCCGGAAGAGAAGAAAGAGGCCGACACUGUUGCUCCGGAAGAGAAGAAAGAGGCCGACACUGUUGCUCAAGAAGAGAAGAAAGAGGCUGACACUGUUGCUCAAGAAGAGAAGAAAGAUGCCCCUGUCGUUGAUGCCCCAGAGAAGACUGAAGAAGUGGAAGGCGAGGCAGCUGAAUCUGAGGUAGCUCCCGUGGAGGCUGAGAUGCCUGACCCUGUAUUGGAGAACAAGGAAAACGAGAAGCCAGCUGAAUUUGAAGAAGUCCCGGUGGAGUUUGAGAUGUCUGACCUUGUAUCCGAGAACAAGGAAAACGAGAAGCCAGCUGAAUCUGAAGAAGUCCCCGUGGAGUUUGAGAUGUCUGCCCCUGUAUUAGAAGAGCACAUGGAAGAUGAAAAGGCAGCUGAAUAUGAAGUAGCUCCCGUGGAGGGUGAGAAAACUGAAAACGGCCUGGCAGUCGAAUCCACAGUGCCACCUCCAGCAUCUUCAGAGGAAAAGAAAGUAGAGGCAGAUAGCAGCAUCAAUCCGGCGACCCCUCCUCCAGCUGAGGUGAAGGCAGAUGCUCCAGCGGCAGAGGCAGCAAAAGCCACGGAGAAUCCAGCAGACAACGCCGUCCCCGAAGAACAAUCCGCCGCGAACGUCGACAACAAUGGACAGAUUCAUCCAGGUGUUUCUACCGUGAGGUGCACCUGAAGGUAGGUUUCGUGGAAGACAGGCGAGGCGAGGCGAAACGGGGAACAAACCUGGUCUCUGUUUGCUUUGAGAACUGUAAGCGUGUUUAACCUGACAGCGCCUGUAAUUGUAGGCCCUUUCCGCAUACUUCACAGCUUGUUGUCUUAUGAGGUGCUGCAGGGCAGCAGGCUGGCUUGUGCCGCCUCGGUCAUUAUUAUCAUUUGUAACUUGUUAGAGUGCACAUUAAUCUCAGGAGGACAUAGACAAUACUUAUGCUGCUGUUGUUGUAACCUGACGACCUUUAUGCCUUUGCCCUGUGUUGUUAUUCAUAAAUAAGCCAUGGAGGCUUGAACA